GCAGAGCAGAGCAGAGCCGGGCUGGGCUGAACCUAGCGCUGGAGCCCCGCAACCCCGCACUGCGCAUCCAUCAGUUAACUGAAGGGCCUGACGGCCCCACAGCCCCAGUGCCGGGGAAUCCGUCCUCCCUGGGCAGCAAAACUCCACGAGGAAUCCCCGGCACCCGCACGCUGAGUGCCACACGACACCGGGGGGGGGCGGCCGGAGACCCCUUCCUCCCGGCCUCGUGCCCUCGCCGCACAUUUAGCUUUUCCUGUUUCAACUUUGCCUGCGAACCCAAUGAGGAAAUAAGGCGGUGUCACAUGCGCUGCGCUGACAGUUGGCCCCAGCGAAUGCUGACGGAGGGGUAGCGGAGAGCUGCUGGCAGCCCGGGGCCCCCCCAGGGCCGCCCUAUAGCCAUGUUCUCCCGGAAGAAACGUGAGUUGAUGAAGACCCCCUCCAUCUCCAAGAAGAGCCGCGCUGGGAGCCCCAUCCCGCAGACCUUGCCUGAUCUGUCCCGCAAGGACUGCCUGGAAGCUCCCAGCCCCACGGAGCUGCCUCCCACCAGCUCCAAACUCAGCAGCAGUCCCAGUGCUGUGGGCACCCUGAAGCGCCCCACCAGCCUCAGCCGCCAUGCCAGCGCCGCCGGCUUCCCUCUCACUGCUGCCAACCCCCGGGCCGUCCCUAAGGGCCACAAGACCCCCACCUCCCACAGCCCCAUGGAGGGAGGGGAGGGUCCUUUCAUCGAUGUGGAGGACAUCUCCCAGCUCCUGACCGACGUGGCGCGGUUCGCAGAUGCCCUGGAGAACCUGCGGGACGUGGUGCUGCGUGAUGACCCCAAGGAAUCCCAGCGGCCGCAGGCCCACGAGUGUCUGGGUGAAACGCUGCGGGUGCUGCGCCAAGUGAUCAACAAAUACCCACUGCUCAACACCUUGGAGACGCUGACUGCAGCAGGGACCCUCAUAUCCAAAGUGAAGGGAUUCCAUUACGAAUCCAACAAUGAGACAGACAAGAGGGAGUUUGAGAAGGCUGUGGAAACCAUCGCGGUGUCCUUCAGCAGCACCGUCUCUGAGUUCCUCAUGGGGGAGGUGGACAGCAGCACCAUCCUCUCCAUCCCCCCCAGCGACCAGAAUCAGUCUAUGGAGAGCCUCUAUGGGGGGAUCCCUGGGCCUGGAGGGGAUGGUGUGCCCUCGGGCAUGGAGAGCUAUGACGCAGUUCGUCCAGCAGCAGAGGAGGUGGAUGUGAUGCUGCAGCGCUGUGAGGGAGGUGUGGAUGCUGCCCUGCAGUAUGCCAAGAACAUCUCCAAGUACAUGAAAGACCUCAUCGGGUACCUGGAGAAAAGGACAGCGCUGGAACUGGAGUUCGCCAAAGGGCUCCAGAAGAUGGCAAACAGCUGCAAGCAAACCUUCACGCAGGAGACCAGCAUGCCCUUCCUGUCCAUCUACCUGCUGGCACUGGAGCAGGACAUGGAAUACGGCACGUCGGUCCUGCAGACUGUCACCACGCUGCAGCACCAGACCUUCCUGCAGCCGCUGACUGUGAGGCGCCUGGAGCACGAGAAGAGAAGGAAGGAGAUCAAGGAGCAGUGGCACCGUGCACAGCGGAAGCUGCAAGAUGCAGAGGUGAACCUGCGGAAGGCCAAGCAGGUGUACAUGCAGCGCAGCGAGGAGCACGAGAAGGCCAAAUAUGUGGCAGUGAGAGCAGAGGAGGAGCAGCAGAGCACCGCCAGCAACGUCACCACCAAAACCCUGGACAAGAAGAGGAGGCUGGAAGAGGAGGCCAAGAACAAGGCAGAAGAGGCCAUGGCCACCUACCGGACCUGCGUGGCAGAUGCCAACACGCAGAAGCAGGAGCUGGAGGACACCAAAGUGAAUUCCCUGAGGCAGAUCCACGAGCUGAUCAAGCAGAGCGACCAGGUCAUCAAACUGGCCACCAUCGCCUUCUACCAAAUCAUGCACAUGCAGACAGCGCCGCUGCCCGUUUACUUCCAAACCCUGUGUGAGAGCAGCAAGCUGUACGACCCCGGGCAGCAAUAUGCCUCGCAUGUCAAGCAGCUGCAGCGAGGGGAUGAGCCCGACACGCAGUACGACUUCGAGCCUUACGUGUCCCACAGCGCCUGGUCCCCCUUCACCCGCACACGGAAGGGCAGCUUCAACGCCAGCGACUUCUCCUCCAGUGGUGGCUCUGACGGGGCUGGGCUGCCAAGGGAUGGGAGCAGCACAGAUGGACCCAGAGAGACCCAGGGUGGGACGCUGGCAGAGCGCAGAGCAGGGAGGGGACACCAGGUGCACAAAUCCUGGCCGACCACCUCUGAAGCUGAAAGCAGCCUGGAUUCCAGCACAGCAGGAGAGUUCAGCCACAAACUGCAACGGUUGUCAUCCAAUGGCACCAUGUCCUCCAGCGAGGAGCUGGGAGAGAAGGAUGAGAACGCUGCCUCCUUUGAGCAGAGCAUCAAUGGGAUCACACCAGAGAUGGCAGCACCCACGGGACCCUUCCGGAACGUGGGUUUGUCCAGGGCAGCCCAGACCCACCGGCUGAGGAAGCUGCGGACCCCCUCCAAGUGCAGGGAAUGCAACAGCUACGUGUACUUCCAGGGGGCAGAAUGUGAGGAGUGCUACCUGGCGUGCCACAAGAAGUGCUUGGAGACCUUGGCCAUCCAAUGUGGGCACAAGAAGCUCCAGGGGAAGCUGCAGCUUUUUGGGCAGGACUUCCUGAAGGCUUCUCAGGGCAGCGCUGACGGCAUCCCCUUCAUCGUUAAGAAAUGCAUCUCUGAGAUUGAGAAGAGGGCGCUGAAAACCAAGGGCAUCUACCGAGUGAACGGCGUGAAGACCCGCGUGGAGAAGCUCUGCCAGGCCUUUGAGAACGGGAAGGAGCUGGUGGAGCUUUCCCAGGCGUCCCCACACGACAUCAGCAACGUGCUGAAGCUCUACCUGAGACAGCUGCCCGAGCCCAUCGUGCCGUUCCGGAUGUACAACGCGCUGAUGGGAGCAGCCAAGGAGAGCCUGCAGGGCGGCAGCGAGGCCAAAGGGAGGAGUGGGAAAGGGGGUCCGGAGCUGGUGGACAAAGGGGCCGACACCGAACGCGUGGUGGUGAACCUGGUGUUGAAACUGAAGGAGCUGCUGAAGGAGCUCCCGUGGGAAAACACGGCCACGCUGCAGUUCCUCCUGCAGCAUCUGAGGAGGAUCGUGGAGGUGGAGCAGGACAACAAGAUGACCUCCAGCAAUCUGGGCAUCGUCUUCGGGCCGACGCUGCUGCGGCCACGGCCCACGGAUGCCACCAUCUCUCUGUCCUCGCUGGUGGAUUACCCCCACCAGGCGCGCGUCAUCGAGGCGCUCAUCAUCUUCUACCCCACCAUCUUCGAGGACAAAGGCAGCACUCUGACCGCUGGCGGCACUGAAUUCACCGCAGAUCGCGAGGACGAGACCCCGCAGGAUGAGCCCACGGCCGCUCCGUGCCCGCAGCCCCCGGGGAAAGGCGACCUGGGGUACAACGUGGGAGCGUUCGGGGAGCCCAGCGAGAGAUCGGUGGAUUCCGACUCGGAUCCGGAGGACGGCGGGCAGCUGCGAAAACAAGAGAGCGAAACGAGCACGGACGAAGCUCCGUUCUACGAGGAGGGCAGCGAGGGGCAGCGCAGCCGCACGUGCAGCACCGGGCAGUGGGACACGGAGGGCUCAGCGCUGCGCUGCGCUGCAGGAGAGCACAGCGACCCCGAAGAGGAGCCCGAGAGCGACGCCACCGCCGCAGCUCAGCAGUGAGAGCGGCCUCAGGCGGCGGUGGCUCGGCUGACGAAGCUCGCGUUGCUGCUUGUAUACAACGAUAUGGGCAUUUUCCUCUUCCGCCCUCCCCACGUUGCACGGUCUCAGGGCUUUGUGGAUGUAUAUUUGAUCUCUAAAAUCGAUGCUGUGAGGGCAGCGGGGGGAGAUGCAGGGUGCCUGAACCAAGCUGAACCCCCUCCGCUGUGAGCUUUUAGUCUUUUUGUGUGUGUGUGUGUAAGGUAACCCUUCAAUGCAAACCCACUACCUCUGCUGGCAACGGAACUCGAAGGGUUAAAGAGGACCAAAGUGGUUUUUAAGGUUAUGAAACUUUUCUGCACUGAAGCAUAGAGAAAAAGAGCUUAGAAAGAGCCGAAAGCUGCUUUCCUUCCACCACUCUGCUCACACCCAGGCUGCUCCCUGCUGCCUUGAGAGGACCGGGAGCCCAGCUGGGUCCAAAGUUGUUCUCUAAUACUCAGACCAUUCCUCAGUGAAAUGCUGGGUUCUCCCUCGUCUCUUGUGCCACCUCCUCCUGUCUCAGUCCUCUGCUGCAGGCAGGGAGGGCAUCCAUGCAGACCAGGCAGCAAAGGGAGAGCUGGGACCGCUUCUCAGCCAAGGAAGCCGAGCGGAGUGGCAUCCCAGCUGGAGAUGCACUGAACUGGAAGGGUUAACAGAGCUCAUUAACGGAGGAUGAGGUGAUGGAGAGGAGGUGGGAUCCCUUUAGAGGAUCACCUCCACCAAGCAGAGCGGGGCUGCUAAGGGCCACAGCUCUCAGAUCAGAAAAGCAUCUCAACACAACAGAUAAAAGGUACACGAAACCAAAGCUCCAUUUACAGCCGAUCGGUUUGUAACGGAGCCGAAGGGGAGCUACAGCCACCUGCGAGCACCUCUGCUCCACAGCUCUUCACCAUCCUUGCAGCACAUCAUCCUCAUGGCAGCAGGAAAAUGAAGCUGAGUGCCACCUGCUGCUACCAGAACUGCUACUGCAGGGGUACGAGUGUGUGCGAGGAUGGGUGGUGGUGAAUGCGAGCGAAGGAAGGGACCAAAGCAAUGCUGGAGCUUCACAUGGUACCGAGAGCCCUUCUAUCUGUAUAUAAACUCAGCAUGGAAAAAGGAAAAAUGUUCUUUUGUGACGUGUCUGUGCUGCUGUAUGAAGCUGCGUUCUGUGCUUUGCUGAGUUCAGACUGAUGUGCUUCCAGAAAGAAUAAAAUCCCUGUGUUCCAAA